AUGUGCCAGGAUCGACAUGUGGAGGACUUCCUCCUGUGCUUCCAAUGCUGGCUGGGAAGGACUUAUGGAGAUCCCUCUGCUGGGCCCUGGCGCCUGCGAAGGUUAGAUCUCUCCCGGAAUUCAUUGAGUGAUGAAAACAUUUGCGCGGUGAUGGAUAGCAUGAAGAGCUCUGAUCUCCGGGUGGAGCGGAUUUUGCUCGCGGGAAAUCGCUUGAGACAGAACGGGCUGGCUGCGGUCACCGAAUACAUUUGGAAUUGCCGAGAUCCCUUGGUGGAAUUGGAUCUGUCGGACAAUGAGAUCCCAGGUGAACCCGGUGAAUCGGAUGGUCUCAGUGCUCUCUUGCGAUGCUUCUACAACCACCCCAGCUAUCCAGUCAUGCAGGAGCCUCGCAAGGCCCUGCCCUUGCAUUUGAGCAUGGGAGGGAACUACAUCAGGGAUGCUCAGAGGCUUUUAGACGACAUCAUCGCGAAGGGUAGCAAAGAUGGAAAGGCUUUGAUACGGAUUUGCCAAGGCCCCGAGUCUUACCUUCAGGACCACGAGGAGUUCCUCUCCGUCUAUUUGCCCAACUUCUUGCAGCAGAAAAGUGCGGAGCGUCCUCCUCCCACCGCCUCCGCUCCGGCCAUCACCCUGCGGAGCCGCUCUCGCCGCCGUCGCCGGUCACGCAAGGAGGCCGCGGCGGCCGCGCUGCCGGCGCGACGGAAGGAGAAGCCACCGGAGGCUCCCAAGGAGGUGCCGGUGGCACAGACACCGGUCUUAUCCGAGGAGGAGCAGAAGAAGCUUCAAGCAGAAGUGGGGAGGAAGCUGCAGAAGUUGGAUGAUGGCUUGCCCAGCGACCAAAGCACCUGUGACAUGCUCUCGGAGUUCACGGUGUGCAUGCUGGUGGCAAGGAAGCCACCCUUGGAAGUGGAAACUGAGCUGGCCUCCUUUUUGGGAAAGGACUAUGCUGCCAAGGUGGCUGCUUGGUUCUUGAAGCACGUGCGACAUCACUAUAAGCCUGCAGCCGUUUUGGCGGGCUGGAAGUAG